AUGAGCUUGAUUCACCCUGACACAGCGAAAUAUCCUUUUAAAUUUGAGCCUUUCCUCAGGCAAGAGUACUCGUUUUCACUCGAUCCUGAUAGACCUAUAUGUGAAUUCUACAAUUCUAGAGAAGGCCCCAAAUCAUGUCCGAGGGGGCCCUUAUGCCCAAAGAAGCAUGUACUACCAAUAUUUCAGAAUAAAAUUGUUUGUAGACAUUGGCUUCGGGGAUUGUGCAAAAAGAAUGACCAAUGUGAAUACUUACAUGAAUAUAAUCUUCGAAAAAUGCCAGAGUGUGUCUUCUUCAGCAAAAAUGGGUACUGUACACAAAGUCCGGAUUGUCAAUAUCUACACAUAGAUCCAGCUAGCAAGAUACCAAAAUGUGAAAAUUACGAAAUGGGAUUCUGUCCUCUGGGGAAUACUUGCCCCAGACGGCAUAUUAAAAAAGUUUUCUGCCAAAGGUAUAUGACCGGAUUUUGUCCUUUAGGAAAAGAUGAGUGUGAUAUGGAACACCCACAGUUUAUAAUCCCAGAUGAAGGUAGUAAAUUAAGAAUUAAGAAAGAUGACGAGAUAAAUACCAGGAAAAUGGACGAAGAAAAGGAGAGGCGUUUAAAUGCAAUUAUAAACGGCGAAGUUUGA